AGGGUAUUAAGCUCUCACUGCGAUCACUAAGGAAUCUUAGGCCUUAUGUUAUUGUUUUUGUUUAUAUUCUUCAAGGAUAGUAGAUUCGGUCGACUAUGAGCUUUGGCUCACUAAUUAAGAGGACGAAUUCGUCCAUAGGUUUUAAAAUUAGGGACCUCAACUGAGAACAAGAAUACAAUGCAUAUGAAAUACUUAAUCGCACUUUCGUUUCCGUAGACUGAAUUCUUGACUAUGAUUGUUCUUAAUAAUUUUCCUACCAAAACUGAUGCACUUGGAGAUAAGAAAGUUGAGACUAUUAUGUCCCCUUCCAGUAAAAGAGAAGCACCUGUUAUCAGCCCUUCUAAACUAGGUGACGACAGUCGUAAAGUCCUACUAGACAAGAGCAUAGCUUUUUUACAAAAGCAGCAUGAGUCCAUGUUGAAAGGUUUGCAUCAAGAGAUUGAGUCUUUGAAAAGAAUUAAUAAAGACUUGCAAUAUCGUCUGGUAAUGUGUACGUGUUCUGCUGGCUAUUCUGAUGAUUAUUUACCACAAAAUAAAACCAAAGAAGAGAACUCACUAAAACAGGAAAUAUCGAUUUUGCGGGAAGAUCUUGAAAACGAAAGGAAGAAGAAUGCACGUUUGAUGCAACAAUUGGAGGAAUUGCAAGUAUCCCAUAAUCCUGUCAAAGGACUUCCAAGAUUUGCGUGUAAAAAUGGACGAUUGUCGACGUAUUCAGAGCAGAAGAAUAUUUCAAAGAAUGAUGAAAUGUUCCAGAGUUUAAACAAAAGUCAAACUCACCAUGAUAAUAGUGAAUUCCUAAAAGGAUGUCAAGAUGUCUCGAACAAAAAUGCUGAUUUCAUAACAGACACAGUCACUGUAAAUAAGAACCCGAUUGCACCUACAACUGGAACAUUAUCAGUCAAUAAACUUAUACCAACCACUUCUCAUUCAGUUCCGAAUAAAUCAUCAACAACGCUGAGUAUACCAGGAAAUAAUUUAUUGACAAAACGAAGUAUUCUUCAUUCGUAUGAUAAUGAACAUGUUUUUGAAAAACAAGAAGAGGAAAUAAUCGAAUCAAAUGAUGAAUUAAUCAAUACACACUUAUUACCAUUUCGAUUACCUGCAUUAAGUCUUAGAAAACCACUUAUUCAAGCUUCACUAAGUAAUGAACAAUAUAAAAUAAAUACAAACAAUACAAAGCAUUCACCUACACGUGGUUCAUUAAAAAAUGAAGAAAUAUUCAAUAGCGAAUUAAAAAUAACUCGUCCAAUAAGAAGUGCCACAGGGCACAAUAAUAACUCAGCUACAACUUUGGAAGCGUCCAUCAAUAAUCUUCAAACUAAAUCGAUUGGUUCAAAAACCUCACAUGAUCUUCAACAACAAUUACAUGAUUUAAAUUUAAGAAAAGUUACACAAGCUUAUUCAAUCGGAUUAAAACCAUUUCUACCGUCAUUAACAAAACCAGCAGAUGUAAUGAUGAAUCGUCAAAACGAUCGUCAUCAAAAGAAAUCUACGAAAAGCUUACAGCGUAAGCGUACACAACAAAACAUUCAACCUUUUUAAAUGGUGAUAAUAAUAGUAACAUCUGAAACGAAAAUUCAAUUUGAAAAAGAAAAUUGAAAAGGCAUUGAAAUUUUGUUUAAAUAAGUUUAGAUAAAAAUAACAUUCCAUAUAUUUCUAUUUUCAAUCUUCAUUAAACUGAUAAAAAGUGAUAAAUCAUGCAGUGAGGGCUUCUAAUUGCAUUCGUUUAAAUGAAUUAUGCUUGUUGAAUAUUGAAAACUGUUUUAAUUAUGGAUGGCAGCAGACAUAUUGUCAGUGGAAUAGUUCAAUACCCAAUGAUAAAGACAUGCAACAAAUUUAACUCUCAAAUGGAAUUCCACUUAGAUCAAUUUCAAAGAUUAAAUUAUUAAAAUGCUGUAAGUAAACGUUUACCUAGUUUAUUACAUGAAAAAAAAAACGGUUUUAUAAAGACAAAACGGUAUUUUUAUUGGUUCUUAUUAUUGUUUUUAAUAUUGUUUUAUUCAUUUCUUCUAUCAUGAUCAAAAUUAAUAAUAAUAAUUUGUUUUACUAUACUUUUAUGCUUGAUUCAUCUGUGAGAACACUGAUAGAUUGUUGUCAAUAUGAUUGUGUUUGCUUGUCAUUAUAUGGUGAGUGAUUUUUAUCAUGACUAAUAUUAUGAUUGUCGAGAUAUGUCAGCAUGAAUAAAUGUGGAUCUAUACGUCAUAGCGGUAAUUACACCAUACAAUAGUAGCUAAUUUUCUCUAUUAUGACUAAAAU